GUGGCUUAGUCAUAAUGAUAACAUUAUGGAUUUAUCGCGGCAACGCGCAUUAGUGGGAUGGCGGGGCAGCCGGGGGGCAGCCGGGCUCUCACAAUUCAUCCACCUCAAGUACCUCUUAGGCUCUUACACAGCUUCUUACAUUAGCAUCCAAUGAGCCACCAAUAAAUCAUCAACCGAAUAAGCAUCAACCCCGGCAAUUCGUAAUAUCGCAUCGUGCCAUUUCUAAUAUGGAUAUCUCAAAUCCUCGUCGCAUAUUAGCCGUCUCCUUGGCAGAUUCGACUUACCACUUAACCAAGGUAAUCAAAGACCUCACCGGUACUCAUCCAGAACAGACCUCAACGUCACUAGCCGGUUCAUCACACAGCCUCUCUUUAAAGACAGCAUACUACACGGCCGAAGUGCCCAUAUGGUUAGAUCUCAUAUCAUCACCGUCAGAAUGGGCCGACUCUUUCUUAUCUCCCGAGGCCAAGGAGGUCCUCGAGGUUCUCGGCGGAGUCGUCGUAGUCUUUUCGCUACCACUCAAGUCGCAGACGGAUGAGGUCAAGGCGGCGCAGGAACUCAUCCAGAACGUAGGCAAGGUUAUCAAGGACGGGCUUGGCGGCUGGUCGUGGGACGGAGUCGGUCUGUGUCUGGGCGUUGGAGAAAUAGACGAUGUCGAUGAGUGGGAAGAUUGCUGCGCCGAGUGGGGGUUGGAGUUCGUACAGGUCAAGAGUCAGUCCGUGGCAACACGAAACGAAUUCGGCGAAAAAACCGGUAUCCCCCGUGCCCUAGAAGCGCUAGAAUCAAACGACUGGUCUCACACAUCCGCCGACGACCUCGGGUCUGAUUUCGACUUUGAGACGGAACUAAACAUCGAAAAUAACGACAAUGGCAAAGACAAGGAUGGGCCUGAUCUCGACCCAGAAAACCUCGAUUUUGGUUUCGAUCGCGAGGACUUUGCCGGUCUCAAACAAGUGAUAUGGAAUUCCGGGAAAGAUGAGGACUUUCUUAACGGAGAACCGAAUACGGACACCAGCAAGAAGGACGACGGGGAAAAUAUGGAUGAUGAGGAUAUCAGGAAGAUAGAACGCAUGAUGGUUAAGUUACAGGCUGUGCGCGAUACGAGCGCCGGGAUGUCGGAAGACCAACGUAAGCGCGUAGCCGCAAAGGCGGUGGCCGAGGUUAUGAAAGAACUAUGAAUACUAACUAGUUUUGCUUGUUCGUAUCCACACGGGAUAUCUGCUGGGGAUGUGGACUCCUACAGAUACUUAUAGGUAUAUAACGCACCUAUACUAGAGGACUAAUACCGUCAUAAAGGUGUUCUGGCUAUACCAAUGAUUCUAAUACUCUUAC